AUGGAGAGGACCGAUCACUCCUACGUUGAAAACAACCAACAAGCGAUUGAAGACGUACACAGGAGACACUAUUCAGGUGGUAGGAGAGAUUCAGGUACAAGUGGGCGUCAACAAUACGGGACAGAAGGUCAAGCUUCCAUCGCUGGUUGUCAGGGGCAAGGGAUCCAGUUUAUUGGGCAGGACUGGUUGCAGCAGUUGAGAUUAGACUGGCACCAGAUUGCUAGAGUCAGGGAUACGCCAAGGGCAGCAGAGGUAGUGGCAAGACAUCAAGCUCUUUUUCAGAAAGAAUUAGGUGAAUACAAGGGGCCAGCGGCAACUAUUGUGAUUGAUCCUAACGAAACACAGCGUUUCUGUAAAGCACGCAGUGUCCCGUACGCUUUGAGACAACGAGUAGACGACCAGUUGAAGCUAGAAGCAGAGAGAAUUCUCAGACCGGUGGAACAUGCAACUUGGGCGGUACCCGUGGUGAAACUAGAUAGAUCAAUACGCAUAUGCGGUGAUUUUAAACAAACAAUCAACCGAUCGGCGCAGCUGGACACUUAUCUAAUUCCCAAGGUGGAAGACAUUGUAGCAAAAUUGUCUCAAGGAAAAUAUUUUUCCAAGCUCGACCUGAGCCAGUUCACGACAUUACCGUUCGGAAUAUCGUCCGCACCCAGCAUUUUUCAGAGAGUGUUAGAGAGUGUUCUCAGAGGAAUUCCAGGCGUUGACAACAACUUGGACGACAUUCUCGUCAUAGGGGCGACGGAAGCAGAAAACGCAGAACGGUUGGAGGAGGUGUUGCAAAGAUUGGAAGACGCAGGAUUUAGGUUACGAAAAGACAAGAACACGUUCAUGGAGACAUCGGUAACGUAUCUGGGUCACGUCAUAGAUGACCAGGGCGUUCACCCCGAUGCAGAAAAAGGGAAAGCAAUCAAGGAAGCCCCGGCUCCAUGUAACCUUCAGGAAUUACGCAGUUUUUUGGGAGGCAGGGCCCAGAAUGGCAAUGCAGAUGCAUUGAGUCGUUUACCACUACAAGUUAAGGAACCCAAAGAGGAAGCGCCGGUUGAAGUUGUUUUAGUCAUGGAGCAGUUAGACGAAUCGCCAGUAACGGCCCAACAAAUAAAGGCUCAAACGGGUAAAGACCCUUGUUUGUCAGUUGUCCGUUCUAAUCCUCCACAAACGAGGGCAAAAGUGCUAGACACAUUGCACGAGGGCCAUCCCGGCAUUUGUAAAGCGAAGGCCCUAGCAAGAGGGUAUGUCUGGUGGCCGAAGAUUGAUGCUGAUUUGGAACGAGCAGUGAAAUCAUGUGGUCGGUGUCAGGAACACGGGAGGAUGCGUUCAGUGGCUCCAUUACAUCCGUGGGAGUGGCAAAACCGUCCGUGGUCGCGAUUACACGUAGACUACGCGGAUCCGUUUAUGGGAAGAAUGGGUGCUUUCACACUGACCUUAGGUUAG